AUCUGCUCGAUUAUAUAGGAACAGGAAAGUAACUGAAUAUAAAACUCCUGUGAAGCAGAUCUGCAGACAUAGGACUCAUCCUGCUUAGGAACUCCUAACGAUGGCACUGCUAUUGAGUCAACCUCACUUCUCAGGUCCACUCCUGCUGCUGGUGGUGUCAAAUUUGCUGUUGUGGGAAAAAGCUGCAUCAAAUCUUCCAUGUGUUGCAGAAGAGGGUGGUUGCUGGAACCCACUUUUGGAAACAUUUAACAGUGCCACCCAGAAAGCUGAAACCCUCCAUAAUCUUGCUGACCAAUUAUAUGUAGAACUUUAUUACAACCAAUUCUCAUCUGGACAAUUUUGGGAUUUUAGUUCUCAAAUAAUUAGACAGGAUAAGACUGUUGUCAGAGCUGGAAGUUACUGCCAUUCAAGUCUCACGAACCCCCCAAAUACAGGUGUACACAUAAAUAUUGAAAUCGCAUCAUAUUUAAAAACUUUGAUCAAUUUUGUGGGUUCCUGGAUCAGCCCUCUAUUCCAUCUAGUGAUUGAACUAAGUGCAACAAAAGAUGUCCCUGAAACUAUCCUCUCAAAAGCCAAGGAGAUCGAAGAGAACAACAGACAAAUCCUGAGUGACCUUAGGUGGAUACUCACCAAGGUCUCUCCUGCGGCAGAGAUGACAGAAGAAUUUCCCCACUGGGAAUAUCUUUCAUUCUUAAAAUCAAGUGACAAAAAUAAUAAGUUUUUGGCAAUGUUUAACCUUUCCUACUGCAUAGAUCAUGAUUCAAAGUACAUUUUGCUUCAGCUCAGAUUAUUGAAGUGUCUCAUAACUGGGAAAGAUUGCUAAGUGCACAUACAUUUACCAUGUCUGCUUUGAAGAUGCUCCACAAAAGUUCAUUGCUGAGCAGUUGUGUUUAAUUGUAUACAUUUGAAAUGCUUGUGUGGAUAUAAUGAGUCUCUUUAAAAAAAUAAAAUAAAAACAUUCUCUUUAGAAAUAUCCACAUCUAAAAUGUCUAGCCAUCUUUUGUUCAUUGAAUAGAAUAUAAAUCAAUAAACUCAGUUUGCCUCAAUCAAAUAUAUCACCAACAAUACAUGUUAAUCUAGCAAAUAAUGCUAAAGUUUAUUUAAAUAAAAUCACAUUUAUUUCAC